UGUUUUCAAAUGCUUGGCGGGAAAUUGUAGUCGUGGGUUGCUGCUACAUAGAAGAAAAUCUUUAUCACUCUUCAAAACUGAUGUAACAUUGUUUCACUUGAAGCUGACUAUUUUCUUUUAAGGAAUAGAAUUUUGUUUGGAGUUCGAUACCUCAAUUUUCUACGAUGUUUUCGUAACAAACUACUUCCAUUCCAAAAUAGCCAAUAGGAGCGGCAAGAGAAACGCGCGUAAAUUUGUAAACAGUAAUUGGCGGCAAGAGUAGUAUGAUUCGUGUUGUACAUGGUGGAAGUGAACAAGGUGUAAUUGUGUCUUGUGCAUCAAAAUGCCGCUGAACACCACUGGCAAUGUAUCAAAUGGUGAUGAUGUUUUGAAUUACAAUGAAAUAGUUACUAAUGAUACAUAUAGCUGGAACUGGAGCUGGAGUGGAGAUGGGCCAAAAAUCGAGCUUAGUCCUACUAGCUCGUGCAGCUCCUCAUCAGAACUGACCACGAGACAUGAGAGCAAAAGAGGGAGGCCAAGGGCAGAUACGAUAACAAACUUAAUAUAUGAAGGUUCAACAUCACCGAGCGCUAUAAAAUGUCGAUUUUGUAAUAGGGUGUUUCCUAGAGAGAAAUCUCUCCAAGCACAUCUGAGGACACACACAGGUGAGCGGCCCUACAUGUGUGAUUAUCCAGGAUGUACAAAAGCCUUCACCCAAAGUGGUCAACUCAAAACUCAUCAGCGAUUGCAUACUGGAGAAAAACCAUUUGUCUGCUCUGAAAAUGGGUGCACAAUUAGAUUCACUCAUGCAAAUCGCCACUGCCCUGAACAUCCGAAUGCAACACUCCACCGAAGCGAUGAUUUUGUACUGCGGCCUGUUACGUGUAAUCCAGAACAGUCAAGUGAUGUUCUUCGCUGGCUUGAAAGGUAUCGGAAGGAGAGAGAAGACAGAACACCGAAGAAACCAGAAAGGAGGAACAAGGCAAAGAGGAAUGAUGUGGAAAAUGGCAGUUUGUCUUGCAAGAAGUUAAAAAUUCGUAAAGGCCUGGUAACAGUAAUGGAACAAGAAAAUGUUCAGCAUAAAAAAUCUAGCAUUCAGAGAGCCACCAUUAAUGUUGAGCAAACUUGUAUAAGAAGUUGCAUCCCAGGAGAUGUGAAGCAGAAUUUUAAAUUAGAUGUGAACUCGGAGUCUGCAACUUUAAAUGGCAAUGGUGAACUGUACUCCCAUGAAACCUGCAAAAUACGGAAGAACAGUGACAUUAGAGUUGAACAACCAAAGAAGAGAUGGUUGCGAGAGGCAUGUAGAGAUCAAGCUCUGUGGGGGGUAAAGAAUGAAUUGGCUCAACCAAUCCAGUGGAAUGACAGAGAUGAUUGUACUGUCAGUAUGUUUGAAGAGCUGAGGCCAAUGAAAGAGUGCCAUGAUGCCAACCAGUUGAGGCCAACGGUGUUAAUGUUGGCUGCAAGGGAAGGUGAACAGUCUCCAGCAGAUGAUGGGUAUUUAGUUUGGCAAGCUCCCAGUAACCAACCAGAUGAUAAUUUGAAAUGGAUGGGAGCAAUGGCUCUCAUGCAGCUAUCCAAAGCAAAGGAAGUUGAAAAUUUUGAUUCUGAAAGUGCUACUACUCCACUAAACCUUUCUCAGCCACGAUAUAUGGAACUGUAGACGACAGUGUAAGUGGUGGUUUUUAACAGUCAGUUAAGACUGCAUGCAGUAUUUAUACCCCCAGAGAAGUGUUAAAGGUUUUGUGACUGGAUAAAAAUAUUUAAAAAUCUUGAUGUGAUUUUCUUACAAAAAAUCUUAACAUGUUCAGAUUGGGGGUUGCUUGUAUAUUGACAAUAAAAAUUUUUAUUUCUGCUGUUAAUAAUGGAUGGUGCCCUGCACCAGGAUGUAAAUGGUGCUAUCAAAUGGUCUGCCGUCAUUUAAGAUUAUAUUAUCACACAAAAUGCAAUGAUGGCAUAAGAUGAUUAUUGUAUGAUCAUAGAUUUCUGUUCAAUUAAUGUUCUGUGGAAAGUGUUACUUCACAUCAGCACCUACACAAAUGGUGGUAGACAUCUGUUUAUCUGUUAUUUUUCACAACUUACAGUGCAUUACUGCAUGCAGUAUUACUAAUGCAUUGCCACAGUGCCCAAUUUGGUAGUUAGUUUUUUGGGAGUUUAUGCCACUUAAGUCAUUUCAAAAGUCAUUUCUCCUUUUUAGAAAAGGUACGUUAUUGGUAAAAUCCAAGAGGCCAUGCUUCAAUUAGCAUAUAUUUGCCAAGCUGUGGAUAUUUCUGUUAACAGGUAUUUUAAUGUAAAACCUUUUUAAAAAAGGUAUAUUAUUUAAACAAACUUUUAAUGUAGCUAAUGCAUAACCUAGCAACUGAAAAAAUGUACAGUAACUGCUUUUAUUUAGCACAAAGAAUUUUUUAUAUAAUUAUUGCAAGGAAUGAAGUUAAAUUUGUAUAAUGUUGGAAUUUUAAUUAACUAUUUACAAACAGAUUUAUGGAGAUCAUACUUAAGAAUCUCACUAUGUGCUUCAAACAUUGCAGCUUGGAGAUUUGUAACAUAUUUUAAAUGUGUUUUUUUUUAAAUUACUAUAUUGUUUUGUAAGAUAUUAGAUGCUUUUAUUUUUCUUGUAUGAAUGUUAAUGUUACCUUCUGUUUUAAUCUUUAUGCGUUAAUACUGGAAAAAUGACGACCUGGUACAAAAAUAUGGAAGUUAAAAAUAAAUAUUGUUUUAAUGUAAAUAUAUCUUUAAUGGUAAGCACAGUUACUGUGCUGUUCAUUGUUUUCUCACUGGAUUGAUUGGUGGAAGUUUUGCAUCCAUUCAUUAUCCAGCACAUUGUAUCAAAUGUCAGGUGUUCCUUUGUUGGUGAGAAAUUCCUUUUCUUAAACCUCUAACUGCGGGCGAUUUUCAGAUUUUUUUUCAAUUGUGGGGCAUUUUUAUUCGAUAAUUUGAGUAGUUGUCAGUAUAGAAUAAUGGGAAUACAAAUUUAAGGC